AUGCUCACCAAUCCGAGACGGACGGACGGACAUCUUGGAGGUCGUAAACUUAAGGUUAAAGUUCUAGGUUACCACACCUUCUCACACCUCACCCUCACCAGUACAGUAGUAGUCAUCCAGCCCCUCACCUUGUCAAACCGUCUUUCUGGCUGGCUGGCGCUGAACAUCAAACUCCGAAUACGAAUGAUCUCUCUCCCUCGCUCCAGAAAAAGCUUAAUUAUCGCCCUCAUCAACUCUAAUUCCCUCCCGUCCAUCUCAAUGGUGAGUAAUAAUCAUGAUCUGCCGGCUGGUCAGAAAGCCAAAAGAAAGGACGAACGAGGAUGUCUGAUGCCGUGA